CGCGCGUGAGCCGCGUCCUCGCCCGCCGGCCCCGCUGGGGUGAACCUCAAUCAGCAUCUCAUCUGACCACCGUCACCUGCUGCUGCCCUCAGCCUGUCACCUGCCCGGGCCUGUCACUGUGCCGCCUCUGCAGAGGCAGCAGAAUGAAAGAGGGCAUGUCCAAUAACAGCACCACUAGCAUCUCCCAAGCGAGGAAGGCUGUCGAGCAGCUGAAGAUGGAAGCCUGUAUGGACCGGGUGAAGGUCUCCCAGGCAGCGGCGGACCUCCUGGCGUACUGUGAAGCCCACGUGCGAGAGGACCCUCUCAUCAUCCCAGUGCCUGCGUCAGAAAACCCCUUCCGAGAGAAGAAGUUCUUUUGUACCAUACUCUGACUCCGUUUGUUAUGAAAAUGUCUCCUUUUCUGUCAGUGAAACCCCUGCUAGCGACAGUGCAUGCUCUUAGCUUUGGGGAGCUCCGCCCACGUGCCUCCCCUCCCAACCAGGACUGCUGGGGCUGGUCUCAUGUUUCUCUUAGGUUUCCUACAUUGCCUUUGAUUUCACUUUUCAUUGUCAUGUUGCGCUCAUUACUGGCAAAGAAUAUAGACAUUUUUGGAACCAAAUUACAAAUGUGCCAAGUAAAACUAAGUAUGAAUCUAAGGGUUUGAAAGUUUUCCACAUCACUUCCCAAGUUUGACUACAUCAACCUUGAAAAGAUUUCACUGGAUCACUUACCGAAAAAAAUUGUACCCAAGAAUCCCCCCUUGACGAUAAGUCAGGGUCCAGUUAGAACCUUUUGACCAACUGGAACAUAUUCGUGACAUUUUCAUCUCCCUUCCUGGAGAAAGCUGAUGUGGAAGUUCUUUAUUUCCUGCUUUUCAUCGUCCUUUUAAAAAGGAAAUAACCCACCGCAUUGGAUGGUUUCCUUACUGUGGGUCUCCUGGGGCCACGUGGCCCAGACCCUGAUGGAGCCCCAGCUCCCUGUUCCCCACAGUUGUCAUUAACCUCCCUGGAGGUGACCCUUCCACCACCUUGGUUGAAGCUGGCCCUGCUAUGGAAAUAGAUAUGAGGUGGCCCUUGUAGCAAGCUUAACCAUAAGAGCACCCCACAGCCCCCAUCUGUUUCCCUGCCCCAGCCUGGCCAUCCUGGGGCUCACCUCCUCUCUCCUUUGCCACCUUUUCCUGCUCCCUCCUCUUCUGGCUCCUACUCACUAGUUCUAACAUGGGCUUUGUUCUGAGCACAGCACUGGGCCCUGUGGGGUGUCACCAAGAUGGCCCCUGCCCCCGAGGAGUGAGUCACAGGGGUAACCGCUCAUUAUGUGCCAUCCACUGACCUGUGAAUUGAUACCUAUUCUCUUAACUCAGUCCUCCAAUAGCAAAGAUACAGUACAACAGUCUUUUUUUAAAAGGAGGGAAACUGAGGCACUGGGAGAUUAUGUUGUUUCCCCGAGGUUGUAGAUACUAAGCAGGAAAACUAGGACUACAGGCAGGCUGGCCCAGAGUCCUCCUGGAGCCCCUGAGCUACUCUGCCUUCCAGGUGUCCCUGUGUGCAAGUGUCAGACCCACAAACAACCUGAAGCACAGAGGCAGUGGCUGCUGCCCGAGCACUCUCUUCCCAGCCUCGCCAGGAGGGCUCAUGUUGGACCUGUAUGCUCACUGCUCACAGCUGAUGAAAUGUGGAGGCCUCCUUGGAAGACAAGACAACUCUUGUUUUUUUCUGAAACAGACUUGCAGGCCCCGCCUAAAAUAAUAUACCACCCAGGAUGAAAGAAGAGGUGGGGGCAGAGAGCACUUUGUCUAAGUUCGUCCUCCUCUGUUUGUUUGGAAACUGCCUGGCUCCCUCACUCUGACAGCAGCUUGCUGUGUAAUCGAGGACAAGCCAUUUUGUGCUGGGAAUGUUCUAACCUGCAAAUUGGGGAUCAUGGUAAUUACUCCUGCCUUUCUGGCUCGGAGAAAAUAGAGAGGUGCUACAGAGACGAAAGCUCUGAUUACCAUGAAAACAAAUAAAUGUACUAAAUGCCAAGAUAGAACAUAGGGAAGGAUGCACGACCUCAAAGAUACCAGGGUGCAGUUGGAGAGAUAAUGUCAAAUUGCCUACAAGGAGGUAAAUGUAAAUUACAGAUCAAUUCACACUUGCUACCCUUGUCCUUGGUUUUAGUCCAUUUUUAUUCUUUGCUUCUUUUAUUGAAACCCACUCUUGGCUUUAUCAGCGCUCACCGAUAAUACCAGUGUUGUCAGGAAGCUGCGGGCUUCCUAAGCAGAGUUGUUUGCUGUGUGUGAUCGUAAGACUUUGUGUACUUCUCUGUUGGGGUUUAUGAUGAGGCUCUCUUUCUUCUGUAUCCAUGUCAACACCAUUUACCUGAUAAAGCAAAGCACAAACCAUAAAAGCACACCAGAGAGGCUGAGUAAGUACAACAGCAUAGAAACUGGCUAAAUCCCAUCAAGAAAACAGACAAAAACUAUGCGUCUAGUUUUCCUCUAAACUACCCCCCUCUUAGUUUGUACUUUUACUGACCCUCCAUAGCCCGCCUCUCCUUUUCUCUCUCUCUCCUGUUCCUUUCCCACCUCUCUUCUGCACAUUCCCUCAUGAGACGUUGUUUGGUUGGUUUUUUGACAUAAAGGUAUGACUAAACCUUUUCCUUCCAAACCUAUGGUAUUUUGUGAGAUUCACCCAUCCCAAGUGUUUCUCAACUCAGUGUCAUCUUCUUGAAAGCAAGUUCAUGCACAUGGACUACGAGGUAGCAGACAUGCGAUGUAGCCCCUCCCUGUCUAGCUGUCACUGGAAGGUGAAUGAAGUGGGGUGCACCUCUAGUGGACAGUUUUCAUUUUGACUGUCUAGCCUCUGAACCCCUCGGCCUACAGGAAGGAGAGAUUCACCUCUUACCUUUAAAUUUAAUGGGACAUAGUACCUGGGAGGUCUUUCCUGUCUCUUAACUGCCCCCUCCUUGCCAGGCCAAUCAGGAAGUGAUGAGUGACUGGAGAGAACUACUCGGACUCCCCUACUUGGGAUUGCGAGUCCAGAGCAAGGGACAUAGAAAUGAAGGGAUGGCGAGAUUCAUUUCACGGGAGUACAGCGACUCAGCAGGGGUGCUAGUCAGCCAGGCAGGCUGCAGGCACUGGGUGUUCACUGGCACCCAUGUCCUAGGGUGGCACAGACCUGGGAAAUCUCCUCCACUCCCUCUCCCUGUGCUGUCGUGGCCCCACUUAUACUUCUAUAUCUCCUUUCUAGUUCUCUCUCAAUUCCUUGAGCCUAUAAGUUUUAUCCAAUAAAUUCCUUAUUAUUCCAUGAAAAAAACCUGGGUUGUAGGCAUUUCAUUUGCUCUAAUAACUCCAUUCCUAGGUAUUUACCCAACAGAAAUGUAUAGUACAUAUGUUCACCAAAAGAAAUGGGCUAGAAUGUUUAUAGAAACACCUCAUGAAAACCCCAAACUGGAAAGCAUCCAAAUGCCCAUAUUGACUGGAUAAAUAAAUUAUGGCAUAUUCACACAGUGGAAUCCUAGACAGCAACGAGAAUGAAUCAUCUCUCGGCUACACACCACAGCAUGGUGUGAAUCUCAUCAGAGAAGUACAUGCUGUUUUCCAUUUGUAUCAAGUCCAAAGCCUAGCACAGCCAAUCUAUGCUGAUUGCAGGUACAGACAUGAGUGAUUCUUGAGGGGAUGGUAGCCAGAGGGGCACAAGGGGAGUUGGGGGGAUGUCCCAUUUCUUGAUCUGGUUGCUGGUUACCUGGGUCUGUCUAGUUUGUGAAAAUUCUUCUAUCUGUGUACUUAUGAUUUGUGCACUUUUCUCUAU